UCACGUGACUUCGUCCCUGGGCCUCGCGCCGGGGCGAGCGGACGCGUUUAGGUUGGGGGCAAAAAGGGGCGGCCGGGCAAGAUGGCCGCGCACCUGUCUUACGGGCGAGUGAACCUGAACGUGCUGCGCGAGGCGGUGCGCCGCGAGCUGCGCGAGUUCCUGGACAAGUGCGCGGGGAGCAAGGCGAUAGUUUGGGAUGAGUACCUCACAGGACCAUUUGGCCUGAUCGCACAGUAUUCUCUACUGAAGGAACAUGAAGUGGAAAAAAUGUUCACACUUAAAGGAAGUCGUUUGCCAGCAGCUGAUGUCAAGAACAUUAUUUUUUUUGUCAGACCCAGGCUAGAAUUGAUGGAUAUAAUUGCUGAAAAUGUGCUCAGUGAAGAUCGACGUGGCCCAGCAAGAGAUUUCCACAUUUUGUUUGUGCCACGACGGAGCUUGUUGUGCGAACAGCGACUGAAGGACCUGGGCGUUUUGGGAUCCUUCAUUCACAGAGAGGAGUACAGCCUUGACCUCAUUCCAUUUGACGGGGACCUCCUGUCCAUGGAAUCAGAGGGUGCUUUCAAAGAGUGCUACUUGGACAGCGACCAGACGAGCCUCUACCACGCGGCCAAGGGGCUGAUGACCCUGCAAGCUCUGUACGGGACGAUCCCCCAGAUCUUUGGGAAAGGAGAGUGCGCCAGGCAAGUGGCCAAUAUGAUGGUCAGGAUGAAGAGGGAGUUUACAGGAAGCCAGAAUUCAAUUUUCCCUGUUUUUGAUAACCUGUUGUUGCUCGAUCGAAAUGUGGAUUUAUUGACGCCUCUGGCCACCCAGCUCACCUACGAGGGGCUCAUCGAUGAAAUUUAUGGCAUUCAGAACAGUUACGUGAAGUUACCUCCCGAGAAGUUUGCACCUAAGAAGCAGGGCGAAGGGGGUAAGGAUCUUCCCACAGAAGCCAAGAAGCUUCAGCUAAAUUCCGCAGAGGAGCUCUACGCUGAGAUUCGGGAUAAAAACUUCAAUGCGGUGGGCUCGGUGCUCAGCAAGAAGGCAAAAGUGAUCUCUGCAGCCUUCGAGGAAAGGCACAACGCCAAGACGGUCGGGGAGAUCAAGCAGUUCGUUUCCCAGUUACCCCACAUGCAGGCAGCCAGGGGCUCCCUGGCAAACCACACCUCUAUCGCGGAGCUGAUCAGGGACGUGACCGCUUCUGAAGACUUCUUUGAUAAAUUAACAGUGGAGCAGGAGUUUAUGACUGGCGUGGACACAGAGAAGGUCAACGGUUACAUUGAGGACUGCAUUGCCCAGAAGCACCCGCUGAUCAAGGUGCUGAGACUCGUUUGCCUGCAGUCCGUGUGCAACAGCGGACUCAAACAGAAGGUUUUGGAUUAUUACAAAAGGGAAAUUCUCCAGACAUAUGGCUAUGAGCACAUCCUGACGUUGCACAACCUGGAGAAGGCUGGCCUCCUGAGGCCACAGACAGGGGGCAGGAACAACUACCCCACAAUCCGGAAAACCUUACGCCUCUGGAUGGACGAUGUCAAUGAACAAAAUCCCACGGACAUCUCCUACGUGUACAGUGGCUACGCCCCACUCAGUGUGCGGCUGGCCCAGCUGCUCUCCCGGCCCGGCUGGCGGAGCAUCGAGGAAGUUCUGCGCAUCCUUCCAGGGCCCCACUUCGAGGAGCGGCAGCCGCUGCCCACAGGGCUGCAGAAGAAACGGCAACCGGGAGAAAACAGAGUCACACUGAUAUUUUUCCUCGGGGGUGUCACCUUUGCUGAAAUUGCCGCUCUGCGAUUUCUCUCCCAGCUGGAAGACGGAGGCACAGAGUAUGUGAUCGCCACCACUAAACUGAUGAAUGGGGCCAGCUGGAUCGAGUCUCUAAUGGAAAAACCUUUCUAGACUGUUCAAGAGACUUAACAAAUGAACUGCAUCAUCAGCUGCCCCUUGAAGGGGAGAUAGGAAGCCCCGUAGAGGAAUAACAAGAGGACAGAGUUUCCGUUGGGGUCAGCAUCUUAAAUUAUACUGUUUCCUCCUUUCUGCUUCUCUUUUAUGUUCCUAAUUUCCUAGAGGGAAAUGAAUAGAAGAGAAUCAAUGUGAGUAAAAGAAACACCAAUUUCUAAUAUCCUAAACUCAGGGUUUUCAUUAGAGACCUCUGGAAUCUUGCUAAGCAUGAUGGGAUGGCAAGCAGGCACUGGGGGUAACAAGGAAGAUAAAAGGGCAAGCCCUCACCCUAGUAAGCAGUGCUGCGUUUCAUGCAGGGGCCAGAGUGCAUUCUCUCUGCAGCGCGGCGCCUGGCACCUCUGCUGGCUUCUUACUCCCCCACUAAUCUCUGCAAGGACAGCCUGACUUCUGCUUUUGAUUCAUCUGCUUCUAUAAAGCAGGAGGAUUGGGGACCUUCUUUCCCCAAAACAAAGUUCAUCCUCUCUCUGAUAUGCUAAAUCUGUGUGGGUCCCCCGCUUGUCCAGGGCUUCUUACAUCAAGGACUAUAUUCAUUGGGGAGCACCUUUUCUCGCAGUGUAACCACCCGGUGACUCUUCCUAGGAACCCCAAGACAUUUCAUUGGGAGAUGCCACCAAUGAGGUUUGGGUUUUUGCCCAUCGUGGGCCCCAACAUCCUCCUGGUCCCUCUGUGAGCUGUGGCCACUUGCACCUUCAGCACCUUACAGCUGUCUCCCUGGUGACUGCAGCAUGUGCUUCUGUCUGUGUUGCCUUUGUUUCGCCUAAAGACACUUCUGUGCAGUCCUGGUCAGGCGAGAUUGGCCUGCCCUGGUACAGCACAUUAGUGAUCCAGCAGCCACAUGCCACUGCUCCCACAGGGGACGUCCAGGCUGUGACAAAGAGGGGGAGGUUUGGUGAAGUUGGCAAUCCUCACUUGUUCCCUGUCCCUUCCUACUCCAAGAAAGGGGCCAAAGUGAUUCCUUCGCAGGCCUUACCCAAGUCUCCCGCUGAGGCUGGCGGUUAGUGUCCCUUCCCAGGUGUCAGUGUCCCUCCCCAGGUCUGUUGAUAAUUAGUAAGCACCCACAUAUACUCCUCACUUUGCAGUGAAAUUCUGUUAGCACCUGCAUGUUCGGGUGAAAGGGAAAUCCUGUUUUUUUACACUUAAGAAUGAGGGGUGGAAUAGGUAGGUAACAUGUAAAAGACUUGCUUCUCAUGGCUUCGCCCUUGACAUUCAGUAUUUGGAAAUGUCUUAAAAGUAGUCCUGUUUUAGAAAAUCCUUUUUCAAAUACUUGUUAUCCCAGGGAGAUUAGUUUAUCCUGGAAGGUCUCACAGUUGUCAGCCUCAGCCGCCUUAGAGAAUGAAAUUCCCCUUUCGCUCAGUGUUUCUGGCUCAUGGGAUUCAAUUCAAGCCUGGUCAGGUCUCCUUGGCUGGGGUUUUUGUCCUGGGAACAGACACUCGGCUGUGUCUCAUGUGUCCACAUUCACUCGUGACUCUACUGGCUUGCUCAGAGCGUGGUUAGGUCUCAGCUCCUGAAAAUGCAUUCGGCAGAAGACUUAGAAACAUCACUUGCUUCAUUUGUAUGAAAAUAGAAAGUGGUGGAUAAUUAUGUAUUAUACGCCUUUGUGUCAGUUCACCUAAUACUUGAAGCAGUCUUUGUCUCCGAGGAGGAGGCCCUUACUGAGAGGCGCUAUGUGAAUGGUACAUUCAUCCUUGGAGGGGGUGGAUUGUUUACAUCAUGUCUGGACUUUUGUCUAGGUGGGUAGACAGUUCUGCUACCCCAGCGGCCCCACAACAAAGAAGUCUACGUAGAUUUAAAAAAACCUACAUAGGCUCUGUUUUGUGUCUUAUUAUAAACUUUUGGAUUUUAGCCAACAGAGAAACACUUGAACUUUAACUGUGGAACAAGAGGGUAAUGGAUUCAAGGGAGGAUUUAAAACACAUUUAAUCCUUGGAGAGAACUGGGAAGUGAAGGUCUCCGUGAGAGUUCUAGUCCGUUCUAGCUCUGCUCUCCCUGGAAAUGGAUUGUGCUGGUCUGUCUUGUUCUCAGAUGUAUAUUAAAGCUCAGCCUGUCACUAGAAGGAAGCGUCUUCAGGAGAGUUGAAUUCAAGAACUACAUAAAAAGAAUUAGCUGAGUGUCCACAGCAGGCAGGAAGAGGGGCUGUGAGAGCUGCGGCGGCAGUGCCGGCAGCACGCAGACCCUAAGUGUGUAGGAGAUUGAGACACUCGAGCUGAUGCCCCAGUCAGAUGGUGUUAUGAGAAAGAGGGUGCCUUUUUGUCAGUCAAAAAUUGAAGAGAGUCACGUAAAACGUCUCAUAGUUUUCUAGAUGAAUGCAUGUGAACUUCGAGCCACAUUUCUCAGGUUCAGUUACUCAGUUGCUCAGAUAAACUGUCUCCAGAUUAGGUGGUGACUGGAGGCUGCAAAGGCUGACCACGUGCACCUGCUGUGAGAGGCCAUUUGAAGGAUAGGAUU